GGAGUUGGCUGGAAAAUAAUCUGAAGAUUUUCAGACAUGCGCAGUGGGAGGAUGCCAUAUUGGAACGAGUCUGUCGCUGAGAAAAGACACCGCUCGCUUGCCUUCUUCGACUGAUCAAAGGGGGGUCGCAAUUUAAGACGCUGAAAAAAAACUUCAUCCAGAUAACCAAGGGGAAAGAAAAUCAUGAACUGAAAGAAAAUGGGAGAGGUGUCAUCAGAAGUUUUACCCAUGAUAGCAGAGAACAUGCAGGAACGUGCAGUGCCAUCAAGAGAGUGGUCUUGCAGUCCAGCGAAUGGAGGUGGAGAGCAGAUUGACUCAGAUGGAGAUUCGGUAGAAGAGGAUAUUGAUUUUAAUUGGGAUGAAUAUUUAGAAGAAACCAGUGCCAGUGCUGCUCCCCACACAUCAUUUAAACAUGUUGAAAUCAGCCUCCAGAGCAGUUUCCAGCCUGGGAUGAAGCUGGAGGUGGCUAAUAAAAGCAACCCUGACACUUACUGGGUAGCGACUAUCAUAACCACUUGUAGACAGCUGCUUCUGCUGCGCUUCAGCGGCUAUGGGGAGGAUCGCAAAGCAGACUUCUGGUGCGAUGUCAUGACGGCAGAUCUGCACCCGGUGGGCUGGUGUGCACAGAAUAACAAAGUCCUGAUGCCACCUGAAGAGAACUGUUACCUGAGAAAAGCAAUAAAAGAGAAAUACACAGACUGGACAGAGUUUCUUAUCCAAGAACUGACUGGUUCCCGAACAGCACCUGUAAAUUUGCUGGAAGGGCCUCUUCGAGGAAAGAACACUGUUGAUCUCAUCAUGCUUGAUUCAUUGGUAGAACUGCAGGAUUCCCAGAAUCCCUUCCAGUACUGGAUAGUCCGGGUGAUAGAAAAUAUUGGCGGUAGGCUGCGGCUCCGCUACUUUGGACUGGACUGUGACACACACGACAAGUGGCUGUUUUACCUGGACUUCAGGCUUCGUCCUGUGGGUUGGUGUCUGGAGAACAGAUACAACAUGGAACCUCCUACAGAGAUCCAUGGUUUAAGAGCAGCUACCGAAUGGAAAGAUGCCCUGGAGAGAGCACUCACUGAAGCAGCAAAGAAUCCUCUCCCACUGGAGGUGUUCAAGGACCACGCAGACCUGCAAAACCAUUCGUUCUCGGUUGGGAUGAAGUUAGAGAUGUUGGACUCUCAGGAGCCUUUUUAUAUCAGCCCCGCGACUGUGACCAAGGUUUAUAAUGAUCAAUAUUUCCAUGUGACCAUCGACAACCUGGCAGGAGAUCCUACACCCAGUUCACUGCUCUGCCAUGAAGAUUCCCUCGGCCUCCUUCCUGUAGAGUGGUGCCUUAAAAACGGGGUUAACCUCAAACGCCCCAAAGGUUACCUCAGCCAGGAUUUUGAUUGGGCAGACUACCUGAAGCAAUGUGGGACAGAGGCAGCUCCUCAUCUUUGCUUUAGAAAUACAUCACUGAGUCGGGGUUUUUCCAAAAACAUGAAGCUGGAGGCUGUCAACCCAAUGAAUCCAGCAGAAAUAUGUGUGGCAUCGAUCACUAAAGUGAAAGGAAGGUUGAUGUGGCUCCAUCUAGAAGGUUUGAAGAAGCCAUUUCCAGAGUAUAUAGCUGAUGUGGAGUCCAUGGACAUUUUCCCAGUAGGUUGGUGUGAAGCGAAUGGAUAUCACCUUACUCCUCCACACAGAGUUGUCUGUCAGACACAGAAGAAGAUUGCUGUAGUACAGCCAGAAAAACAAUUGCUAACCUCCGUGCCUGUGGAGAAAGAACCUCAUAAUGUCUGUCCCAGUGCUCCACUGGAUACUGGCGCCAAUAAUGGGAAGUACUGCUGCUCCCAAAUCUUUGUCAACCAUCGAUGUUUCUCAGGUCCCUAUUUAAACAAAGGCAGGAUAGCGGAACUGCCUCAGUCAGUAGGCCCUGGCAAAUGUACUCUUGUCCUCAAAGAGGUUCUUGGCAUGUUGAUCAAUGCUGCAUAUAAACCAGGCCGUGUACUGAGAGAACUGCAGCUUGUAGAAGACCCACAGGGGAACUUUCAAGAAGAAACACUAAAAGCCAAGUACAAAGGGAAAACAUACAGAUCAACUAUCAAGAUUGUGAGAACCUCCGACCAGGUGUCAGAAUUCUGCAGGAAAGUUUGCCUCAAGCUUCAGUGCUGUCCUAAUUUAUUUAGCCCUGCCUUGGUCACAGACAAGUGCCCAGAGAACUGCUUCAUCCACACCAAAACCAAAUACACUUAUUACUAUGGGAAGAAGAAAAAAGUCAUCAAACCAACAAUUGGUGACAGCUGCGUAGAGAGUAGCCUAUCAAAGCCUGCCAGGCGUAGAAAGAAGCGCAAAUCCAUCUUUGUCCAGAAGAAAAGACGAUCCUCGGCAGUAGACUACACGCCAGCUGCAUCUCCACAGGACAGCGAGGAAGACGAGGAUCAGGGUGGGCCUGAAGAUGACACUGGGAGCGAGGAGACGAGCUCAGAGCAGCGGGAAGACCAGACUGACACGUCCUCAGUGGAAGUCCUGACCACAAGACCCAGAAGAGCAGCAGCUCUAAGAAGGAACACAGACACUGCGAGACCCACAAUCAUUGAGAGGUCCCGGCGUAAGAGGACCACCCGGUCACUGUCCUACACUGAGGAUAUAAAAUACCACCCAGCCAAGCGCUCUGCUGCAAAGGUUGAAAAUCAUGAAGAUGAAGACAAGCUGGUUCUGAACAGCAACCCACUGGAGUGGACUGUAGCUGAUGUUGUCAGGUUUAUUAAGUCUACAGAUUGUGCACCCCUCACCAAAAUAUUUCAAGAACAGGAUAUCGAUGGCCAGGCAUUACUCCUUCUGACACUUCCAACUGUCCAAGAAUGCAUGGAACUUAAACUAGGACCAGCCAUCAAGCUGUGUCACCAGAUUGAAAGAGUGAAAGUUGCAUUCUAUGCACAAUAUGCUAACUGACUCUGUACCCUUAACCUUUGCUGGUGAUAAUAAGUAUACACAACUUAUCUUAUGGCUUACAGUGAGUAAAUGUAGGUACUGCGUUGAAGUUGCUGCUGGAUGUGUGAACAAUAAGGCCACAGUUACAGUGAUCACAUUCUGUUAGACAUUUUCUACUAUGGAGUUCUGUUGAUUGUCAGUUCUGCAAAACAGUUAAAUGGAUGGGCACGAAGGAUUAUUGCUAAGACUGUAAACCAUUGUUUGUCCUUUUAAUCCCAUUUGAAAUACAACUACAGGUGAACUACAGGGGGGGAAACUAAUGAAUGACUACAUAGACUAUCACGACGUAGUUCGGUUGUGGUUUAGCUGCACUAUCAGUUAGGUGCAUGUGGUUUUUAUUUUUUAAGCAAUUGGGCAUGGUGCAGUGUGAAGCAACAUAAAAAAGCCAUGCACCAUACAACACAGAACACCUCCACUCUUUGCGUUUUGAUUUCACAUUCAUCUACUGUAGCUGUGAAAUUUAGUAAGUUAUUUAUUUUUGUGGCUCCGGUUUUAUUCUUUUAUUUAAAAAGUACAUUUUGGAAUUCCCCAAAAAUCAAAAUACCAUAGGUGUGUUUUGCGUUUGUUAUUAAGAUUAUAAUUUGUUUUGGUAGUGCUUGAUUAUUUUUUGUAUAAAGUAAAUACUCUCUGUAAAAUAUAAGGUUAUUUAAUAGAACUUUAUAAAAGUAAAUUAAGUAAAUCAAAUUUAAAAUUAAUUUUAAAUGAUUUAACCUUGUUUUAAUAUAAUUUUAAUAUUUUAUGAAAUUGCACUCUAUGUGUAUGCUUACUGUCUUAAUCGCAUUAUACGAAGAAUUCAACAAGAUUUACUGGAAAGAUUUAAACCAUUUCCAACAUUCAGUACAAUUAGGCAUGUGGUCUAAAUAUUUUUAUUCAAUGAGUUAAAAUUAGGCCUUUUAAAAAAAAAUAACCACUCAUUUUUUUAAAUUAAAAUGUUACUGUAGAUUUGUUGCAUUUAUAUUUAAGGCUAUGUCAAAUAAACAGAUAUUGUUGAUUACUCUUGGUACAUUUUUGUAUUUCAAUUAUUGAAAACCCUUUUAAAACUAAAUGUAUAUUCAUUUUAAGAAAAAAAAUCUAAAUAUAUAAAUAGACUUCAGAAAUUAGUUUCUGUCCAUUUCAAUAGUUUUUAUUUCCUCUAGUUUUUGUUUAAUUUCAUUGAUAAAGGAGAGUGCACUUGCAUAGUUGCUAUUCAUUUUGAAGACAGCAUUAGUUUUCUUUUGUAUGUGGAUAUAUGUAUUAUAAUGUUGCAAAAAAAAGAUACAUGAGGUGUUCAAGACGAGUAUUUGUAAACAUUAUGUAAAGUUAUGAAGUGUUGUAUUUUGAAGCAAGAUUAAAAAAAAAAAAAAAAAAGCUCUCAACAAGUUUUAUGAAUACCAAGGCCUAUUUAAUUUAUCAAACUAGGCUUCAAGUUGCCCUUUUAAAAUGUUAGUUCAAUUUCGAUGAAUAGGUUUUUGUAGAUUUUUUUCGCAAGCAACAUUCAUUAAGCUGACAAGAAUUUGUGAUUGAGCGCAUUUGUAUAGUUUUGUAUACACGUAGACUACAAAUUGCACAUUCCAUUUUUUAUAUAUACUUUCAGUAUUUAUACAUUGUGUAAUUGGUACAUAUAACAUAAUAAAAUGUGUUCUUUUAGAUGAGAAAAACAAUCCUGAACAAGUACACAUGCAUGGAUUAAUUGUUUGCCUACAUUCAGUUUGACCAAACCUUUAAUGUUCAGCUUGUAUUAUUGUAUAAGAAUGUUAUGUUUUAAAAAAAUAAGACUUAUAUGUGAACUGUGUUGUUGCUCUCUGAUCAUAUUGUUCAUAUGGGUGACUGGAAAUAAAUGACUGAGAGCAAAAUGUGACAGACUUUAGAAAGACCUAUCAUUUUAUGUAGGGACUACAUUUAAUAGCUUGAAUUAGAAGCUGAAUGAAAGUUAUUUGCUGUCACCCACAAAUGUUAUUCUCCCUUGCUUUACUUUUAUCCUGUGUUCUGCAUUAUAUGUUUGGCUUAAUACAUUAUCUAGUGUUGAAAAUGUGAAUAAUAUUUACAUUUGUUUUCAAGGCAUCUUUCUGUAUAUAUGUUUUCAUGUAAAUAAAUGAAAAUCUAUAUUCAGAGUUAUAUUUUAAAUGUUUGCUAAAUUUAAAUGAUGCUCAUUUGUACAUGUUGGAAGCAAGGCAUAUUGAGAAAAUAAACAAUAUAAAAUGACAAA